GCUUUUUUUGUGUCGAGGAGCCUUGUUCACAAGAGGCAGGUUAGAUUUUGUGGAAGCUAGAGGAGCACCCCUGCAUACAUUCUAACCUGCGUUUUCAAGCAAAUCGGACUUCUAGUCCAUUAUAGCUGCGUAAUGUCGUCCGAAAAUCUAUCAGAUUCUCCGAUGGAAUAUGAGGAUGAAAAACAGGACUCUCAGGAAAAGAAUGCCAACCUUGUGAAGGGUGAAGAGGUCAAGCUGAAGGCCAAGUACCCCGGCCUGGGCCAAAAGCCUGGAGGCUCUGACUUCCUCAUGAAGAGGCUACAGAAAGGGCAAAAAUACUUUGACUCAGGUGACUACAACAUGGCCAAGGCCAAGAUGAAGAACAAACAGCUGCCCGUGGCAGGCCCCGACAAGAACCUCGUCACAGGGGACCACAUUCCCACGCCACAGGACCUGCCCCAGAGGAGGUCCUCCUUGGUGACCAGCAAACUAGCAGGCUAGCCUAGCCUCCACCCAUCCACCAGGCCCCCAGCUAACGUUCCCCAACAAUGUUCCCCCCCCUAGUCAUCUCCAGGCUCCACUUGGCUUUAACAUAUCGGGGAGAGCUGUGAAAGUCAGUACAUAUUGCUUGUAUAUGGGUAUGGUGGGGAGGGGAGGUGAGCUGGGACCUUUUCUACCAUCUCUCCACAAAGCUCUGCCCUCUGCGCACUCUGCUCUACCGCCUCCCUUAUGUCUUGGUUUGGUGUUCAGAGGUACAUAAAGUAGAUGUGCCAUCAGGGAGGCUGAGUUUAAUGCACUUUGUAUUAUGUACAGUACGUUUUUGCAUCCCGAACGACACCAAAAUAUGUUGUUGACGAGGGAGUUGGGAACCAUGAUCGCUCCACAUUUUUCGAUGUUGUGUUCUCGUCAAAGCUGGGGGUAGAUGUUUGCGUAUUUUGCUUGCACACCAAAUCUGGGAGGGAAGGGAACCAUGGUGAAGUAUCCAAAGGAAGGGAGCGGUAAUCAGAGGGAAAAGUAGAAACUGAUUUGUGGUUUCCUUUAUCUCAUGUUCUGUCAAACAAAAAUCCAAGGUCGUCCAUGCUGACCUGAAUGAACAGAUAUGAAACUGCACAUUUUCUGCUCAUGUCGCUUUAAUUCUUGACUCCCUGUUGCUCUUUUUUUAAAUAUGCUGCAUGAUUGUAACAUGUAACGAAAUGUGCAAAUCUGGAGGGGUUAGACGACUGAUAGGAAGUAGCAAGCAACCAAAUGGAGCCCUGGAAUGUCCAUGGUCACUCUCCACACCUUCCUUCCCUCUCAAUGUCCUGACAAUCCACACACUCUGUCUGUAGGCUGCCCAUGGCGAAAGCAAUGGCAGAGCAAACUGAAUACCCAUGUAUCAUUUUUAAGGCUGGGAAAAGAAGCAACUGUUUAAUAUUCAAGUUAAAUCUCAGUUCUGUGGCUAUUACAUCACCUCAAAAAGCCUAAAUGAUUGGUAGGGGAUCAAUUCAGUGUAUAUUUCUGUAUUGUGUUGAGAAAAUUGACAUUUGGUAUGAUUUGUGUCUUCAUAAAGGGUUGUUUGUUCAUUGUCACGUAUUAGCCAUUUACUACAAUCUGGCUCUUUUCACUGUUAAUGGCAGUUCCUGUUGAGAAACUCUUCCAGUAACAGAAGAGUAUUGCCUAGUUCCCAAUUACAUUAGUUGCUAAACCUCUCCUCGGUCUCUCCUUCAAAUUCAACAUAGUAGGAGCCUCCCAGUGUACUGCUAAACAGUCGGCCCCUGGCUCACACAGACCUAACUGGGACACAGCGUGUUUUAGAGAUAUGCUCACUUGACGCAUGUCAAAGGGAAGGGAUUUUAUGACAGGAGAGGGGGGGGGGGGGGGGGGGGCGCAGGCAGGCAGGCAGGCAAAGUAUGAGUGUGGACUUAGUUGACCCUGCUCAUACCUGUUGGUAUGGUACAACUUGCCAAAUAGUUAACUCAUACAAAAGUAAAAUGCUUGUACUCUGGUUUAAAGGUCAGAGGUUGUAGGCUAUCACCUGAAUGAGUUGUCCUAUCACACUACACACUUGAUCACUCCUAUCUUGGCACCUUUUGAAUAUUCCCUGUGUCUAAUUGGCAUUGAGUGUGCUUGUCUGGGUUAGUAUGAAUGUGCUACUGUUCUCUGUCCCAGUGGGUGUAAAUAGGCUUUUGGAGGCAGAGUUUUUUUUUUCUUUCUGAUUUCACUACUUGUAGUUCUCUGAUUCCAAUGUUUCCUUUCUCCUGUCAUUGAAUACACCUACGUAAGCUUUAUAUAUAUAAUUGUUUUUACUGCAGAGACAUUAAUCUGUAUAAUAUGAAUGUGUGUAAAUGCUGCUGAUUCAGUCGAUGACAAAUCUUUUAAACUGAGAUAUUACCCUAAUAAAGAACGCCUGUCCUAGGAUUCAAACAAUCGGACCCACUCCUACCAUGAAUGUCUGCUAAUGAGAGACUCACUAACCACUCCAGGUUUGGGAGUAUAAUUCCAUUUCAAUUAGGAUAUGAAUUGAAAUUCUACCCAUGAUCAAUGCAAUCCAUUUUGGGAACUGGCCAGCUGGAGUUGAAAUUUAAUUGACACCAACAUGUUAUUUGAAUAGAAAGACCGUGCAGAAUCCUAAAUAUUUGUAGCAUGGCUUAUUAAAGUGUCAAAUAAUAUAAUUGGAUAUGCUGAAAUUAAGGUUGUUGAAACAACCGCAAUCAAGAAUUCCUCUCAUAGGUUUUUGUGCACUGUCUGGCUUUGUAUGGAUUCAUGUAAUGAGAGAUAUACAGGUGAAGUCGGAAGUUUACAUACACGUUAGCCAAAUACAUUUAACCUCAGUUUCACACUUCCUGACAUUUAAUCCCAGUAAAAAAAAAUCCCUGUCAU